UCGAAAAGUAAGCAAUCCCAGUUUCUCUUUCUGACCAUUGCUCUUCAUCUUGUGAAAUUGAAAUUAGAACUAUUUGGCAUCUUCCCAUGCCAAAAAAUAUUUUUUAAUGCAGGAAGAAUCUGUAAAACUUGAUUUCUUUCUUUCUUUUUCGCCUGUUACCGAACAUGAAUUGAAUUUUUUAAAUACUUACUUUUCACAAAGUAAUCAAAUCAAACUAUAUUAUGGCGAAUCCUUUUAUGUGAACAUUGUCCUUUCGAAACCUUCGCAGGAAAAGUUUGAUCAAGCUUUCGAAGAAUUUAACAUUGAGGGAAACUUAUAUAACAACACUCCCAAUAAUCACUCAAACUUAGCAACUAGCAUUCGCAAAACUAGGGCAUUUAGUUUUACGACAAAGGAUUUAACAGCCCUAAACUGGUCCGAUGGUGAAAAAGAUUACAGACUUUUUUCACGUCUCAUAAAGCUGGAUACUUUUUCACUUCCUGAUCAUAAGCUAGAGAUUUACGUGGAUAAUGCAGACAGUCAACAAAUCUCAGACCAAAGUUUGUUAAAAGCUGAAGGGGAUGCUACUGGAGACAUAUCUUCAUAUAUAGGAAAUGAUGGAAAUGACGAUUACAUAACUGAUGUUGAUGUAGAUUUUAACAUAUUGGGAUCCCUUUCCAAUGAUGCUCGAUUCCAAUCAAAUCCACCGCUUCUCCCAGCUUCGUAUAUAUCAGGAAACAUCCAAUUAGAAGAUCUGAAAUCGAAGCCAAAUCAUAUUUCAAAAAAACGCUAUUUUAAUUGUGCUAUCCCUGUUAUGGUAAAGUUACGCUCUUAUAUGAUUGACGAGAUAACUCAGUACAUCACUUUUAUACUUGCACCAGACUCGUCUUGCCAUAGCUUUAUUCUGAAAAACUUUACACCUAAAUCAACCUCCUCAAGCCUUGCCCUUUUUGGACCAAAGUCUGCUGAUGGUUUCAAUGCAACACUUACAAGUCCCGAUUUAUUUUCAAUCAUUUAUCAAUUAAAAUUGCAGCCAUCUGCUUAUAGGAUCGAAAUCGAUUGUUUUUGUGAAGGAACUAUCGUAAGAAAACUGAAUGGGGCCUAUGUGAAGGGUAUGCCGUUUGUAUACAAGCACCCUUCUAUGUUCAUUAUGCGAAAAAGUAACUUACAUAAGCAUUCUAAACAGGUAUCUAGUAGUGGUUCGACAACAACGCCGACUGCCUUACUGAAUUUGCUUGAUAUGUCUGCAAGCGCCCCUUCUUAUGUGAAAGUUGGUACUGCUUUUCCAGUAGGUAUCAAUCUGUACAAUCCUUCGGACGUUCCUAUGGAACUACUUAUACAGGUUCCUCUGUAUACUUAUGAUGAGUUGUUUAUUACUGAUGAUGGAUCAAACCAUGCGAAAACAAAUGAUGGGUUGCCUUCAUUUCCUCCUACGAAACCUGAACAGAUCAUAAAGCUUCCAGGCUUAAUUGCUUCUACCACUAGUUUUCAUACCGGGAUUGUUUCACCAAAAUGUGAAAAAGAUUUUGAAUUACAAUUUCUUGCCUAUCGAACGGGGUCUUAUGAUCUAUCCUCCAUAACUGUUGAAGACAUUCAUCGUCAUGUACAUAACCCCAGGAAAGUAUCGGAUGGCCUACAAAUAAUUGUUGAAUCAUGAAUUUUAGACUAUCCUUUACUUUGAGAUGUACACCUAUAAGCAAUUAAAUUAUUAAUGGCAUCAAUUAGAAUACCAAAGUCUUGUUAAUCCUAUCCUAAUAUUAAAAUACCCUAACGAUCAGAGAAAGUAUAAAAAAUCGUUUACUGUAAUAAAG